CGGGCCCCGCUCCCCUCCCACCCCCGCCCCCGGCUCUGAUUUCUUCUCCCGAGCGAGCUCGGCGGGAGACACAGGCGCUGGCUGCCCCGUCCGCUCUCCGCCUCCGCCGCGCCCUCCUCGCCCGCAAUGGGCCCCCCCGCUGCCGCCGGAGCCACCGCCUCCCGGCCGCCGCCGCCGCCGGAGCCGCGCUCGCCCUGAAGCCCGCGCCGCCGCGCGCACCGGCCGGCCCCGCAGCCUCGCCCCCCCGACAGCACCGGCUGUCGCUCACGAUGCUGCCGCCCGCGCCCUCCCUCCUCGGGCUGCUGCUGCUGCUGCUCCUGUGUCCCGCGCACGUCGGCGGACUGUGGUGGGCGGUGGGCAGCCCCCUGGUCAUGGAUCCUACCAGCAUCUGCAGGAAAGCACGGCGGCUGGCAGGGCGGCAAGCUGAGCUGUGCCAAGCCGAGCCAGAGGUGGUGGCGGAGCUAGCCCGGGGCGCCCGGCUUGGGGUGCGAGAGUGCCAGUUCCAGUUCCGAUUCCGCCGCUGGAAUUGCUCCAGCCACAGCAAGGCCUUUGGGCGCAUCCUGCAGCAGGACAUCCGGGAGACGGCCUUCGUGUUCGCUAUAACGGCCGCGGGCGCCAGCCACGCAGUCACGCAGGCCUGCUCCAUGGGCGAGCUGCUGCAGUGUGGCUGCCAGGCGCCCCGAGGGAGGGCCCCGCCGCGUCCCCCCGGCCUGCCCGGCACCCCCGGGCCCCCCGGCUCCGCUGGCUCCCCCGACGGCAGCGCCGCCUGGGAGUGGGGGGGCUGCGGCGACGACGUGGACUUCGGGGACGAGAAGUCAAGGCUCUUUAUGGAUGCGCGGCACAAGCGGGGACGCGGAGACAUCCGUGCGUUGGUGCAACUUCACAACAAUGAGGCCGGCCGGCUGGCCGUGCGGAGCCACACGCGCACCGAGUGCAAGUGCCACGGGCUGUCGGGCUCGUGCGCGCUGCGAACCUGCUGGCAGAAGUUGCCCCCGUUCCGUGAGGUGGGCGCGCGGCUGCUCGAGCGCUUCCACGGCGCCUCGCGUGUCAUGGGAACCAACGACGGCAAGGCUCUGCUGCCCGCCGUCCGCACUCUGAAGCCGCCGGGCCGCGCCGACCUGCUCUACGCCGCCGACUCGCCCGACUUCUGCGCUCCCAACCGGCGCACCGGCUCGCCCGGCACGCGCGGCCGCGCCUGCAACAGCAGCGCCCUGGACCUCAGCGGCUGUGACCUGCUGUGCUGCGGCCGCGGGCACCGCCAGGAGAGCGUGCAGCUCGAGGAGAACUGCCUGUGUCGCUUCCACUGGUGCUGCGUAGUGCAGUGCCACCGCUGCCGCGUGCACAAGGAGCUCAGCCUCUGCCUCUGACGCGCCGCCGGGCCCCCCCAAGCCGCGCGCCCCUCGGCGUCGGCGGGACCUCCGGACUCCGGCAGGGGCGCUGCCUGGCUGCUCGCAGCGAAAGUCCAUCUCCCAGGUCUCCGCGAACUGUGAGGCGGCGGGGCUUGAGAUACACGCCCGCCCACGAAGGCGAGGGGCUGCUGGAGGCCACCCACCCCAGGGGAGCGCUCUGGAGGGCCCCUGGGGGAGGCUAUGCAGUCCCUUCCGCUCUGUGGCCCCCAUAUGGAAAGGAAGAGCCAGUCUCUAGGCCUCUGGAUGCAGGACUCCUUAGAACUGCUGGCCAUGGGGUGGGUGGGUGAGUUUAGUAUCAAUAAAAAUAUUUAAACCAAUA